UAAACAGGAAGUGAAUGCUACAGCGUGACUGCGCCGAAACGAUGCACAUGUUGCAAAUCCGUAAAUAUAUCAGCCAACCAAAACUGUCCACAGCAACGCUUUUUUUGACACGAUGGCACCUACAGAUUCUAAAAGUUUGGUGCAAAGAUUUUACGUUCUUCAAGCCGAGCGUGUGGAGGCCUACAAGCUUUUCGAUGAGGGUCAUGAAGCAUACUUAAGGACGGGGCCACACUAUGACUUUGAGCACUACAAACAGCUGGUACAUGAGAUAACAAAAGCCUUCAGUGGCAUUUCCAAAGAAGUUCUGGAGAUUAAAGAGCAACUGCACCAAGACUUCGACCGGCCUGACCUCUCGGAGCAUAUGGAAAAACUGCAAAUUAAAGAGAAGGAGAAGCUAGAGCUGACAGCGAAGUUACAGCUGGCCAAGCAAAAUGUCCAGGAUCACCCAGCAAACGAAGACUUCCAGGAGAAAGUUCAACAGCUCAAACAAGAUGUAAUAAAGAAUAAAGCGGUUCUGGCUGAUAUUCUGCAAGACUUCAAGUAUGACUCGGAGGAACCGGAGUGAGAUGGAUUCAGUCCUCUCUGAACUUUCUUGUCUUGUGGAGAAUAAUAUAAGAUAUCAAUGGUAUUUUCCAAAGUGGUUGAGAGUCUGCACUUAAAAGCUUUGCAAUGUUUUUUUUUGUUUGUUAUGGUCAUGUUUUUGUUUGUUGAGUUUAGUUGUUAACGCCAUUGUAAAUAGUAUUCAUGCUCAUAUGCAUAAUAUUGAAAAUAUUGAAAAACGAGUAAUGUUUCUUAAAUAUUUUUUUUUACAGAUAAAACUAGAUCUUUGCAUAAUGAUUGAAAACUUCUGAAUAGAGGGGAAAAGUAAAUUAAAUGGUUUAAUUAAAUGAUCUCUACCUGGAGUGACAAAUAUUUCACAUGAUCUUAUUUUUCCUAAUUGUGUUUACAAAUGUUCACUAUUUAAAACAAAUUUAAAUGGUUUAGCUUGAAAAUACACAUUUGUAAAAUGUACACUGUAUGAAACUAUUUGUAUUAAAAAAAGUAAAAAAAAAACUAUUUCAAAGCAACCAUGACGCAUUGAGUCGGUAACAUACAUUUUACCCGUUUGGUCCCUAUAAAUGCUAAAUUUUGCAUUACAAACACCUGUAAAUAACUGCGGAUUUCAAUUCAGCAAAUUUAAUUUUACGUCU